CCACUUCCUGAUUGAGUAAGUGGAUAAGAGGCAUGUGCCGUCCUUCCACUUUCAGUCUUCUUGUAGGAAGUCGAAACAGCAGGACAAACUGUGUGGCUGUUUCAGGUAACAUGGCCCUGUGGUGUUGCCUGGCGUUGGUUGCCUUCAGUCAUGUGACCUCAAGCGCCAAUCCUGGAGUAAAAGUCCAACUGACGCAUAAUGGCAUUGAAUAUGGCAGGCAGCUCGGGAUGGCUUCAAUCCAGAAGAAACUCAACAGCAUAAGAAUCCCAGAUAUGUCUGGAUCUCAGAGAGUGUCCGUCAUUGGCAAGGUCAAGUACAGCUUGUCAAAUAUCCAAACAGUGGCUGUGGGAUUACCAUCCUCUGCUGUGGAUCUGGUGCCUGGGACCAGUGUCAGACUGUCUGUUAGUAACGCAUUCAUCAGUAUGAAGGGAAAUUGGAGGGUCAAGUACCGCAGAUUACUGAGGGACAGCGGUUCCUUUGAUUUGAGUGUGAAAGGACUGUCCAUCAGCACAGGCAUCGCUGUCAAACGUGAUGAGACAGGGCGACCUCAAGUCAGUAAUGUCAACUGUGUGGCUACCGUUGGCAGCGUGACCAUCAAAUUCCACGGUGGAGCCAGCUGGCUGUACAAUCUUUUCAGAAAGUUCCUCAGUAAGGCAUUGCGCAAUGCGCUGCAGAAAAAGAUCUGCCCCCUGGUGAAUGACGCCGUGUCUGAUUUGAACCCUCGUUUGAAAACGCUCAAUGUCUUAGCCCAAGUGGACAAGUAUGCAGAGAUUGAAUAUUCCAUGGUCUCUGAUCCUGAAAUCUUGAACUCUUUCAUAGGUUUGAGUUUGAAGGGGGAAUUCUACAACAUCGGGACGCAUCGGGAGCCUCCGUUCCCCGCUAUGGUCUUUUCUCUGCCACCUCAGAACAACAAAAUGUUGUACCUUGGUCUGUCUGCCUUCACCGCGAACUCUGCAGCUUUUGUCUACAACACAGCCGGAGCCCUGAGCUUGUACAUUACUGACGAUAUGAUCCCUCAAAGCUCUCCAAUCAGGCUCACCACCAGAACAUUUGGAGUUUUCAUCCCCCAGAUUGCCAAAUCCUUCCCGGGUUUAUUGAUGAAACUGCUGGUAAAGACGGUGAAAAAUCCCAUCACCACUUUUGAGCCCAACAACGUGACUAUUCAAGCCACCACCACAGUGACGGCCUACGCAAUCCAGCCCAACGGCACACUCUCUCCGCUAUUUAUCAUUAACUCGACGACCAGCGUGAGUGCCCGAGUGUUUGUCAAUGGCAUGAGGCUAGCUGGAGCUGUCACUUUGAACAAAAUGGAUCUGACCCUGGGGACAAGUUAUGUGGGAGACUUUCGGGUCAGAUCUCUUGACAACAUCCUGAACCUGGUCCUGAAAGUGGUUGUUUUACCCAUACUGAAUGUUCAACUUAGAAAAGGAUAUCCUCUCCCCUCCAUUGGAAAGAUGAACCUUGUCAACACUGACCUACAGAUCCUUAAGGACUACAUGCUGAUUGGGACAGAUGUUCAGUUUACAGCGUGAUGGGAGUAAAACACAAACAAUGAAAUAACUAUAAGAUACUACACAUCUCCAGCCUUCAUUUCAAACCAAUAUUAUAACUCAACAUUUAUAUUUUCCCUUUGUUAAAUCAAUUAUUGUAUGUUUUCUUUUCCUGGCAAAUUAAAUAUCAAUGAGGAAAGUG